AUGGACAACCCACCAUAUCCAAGACUCCAAGAAGUGGACUCGCUCGAAGCCACCGUUAUUAUCGACAAUGAACUCGACCCCAUGUCGCCUGCGGCGCCCGACACUGUCCGGUUAACGGGCCAAAUGAGCAGCCUCAUUUUCACCCCGGGCAAUGAAAUCACGGAUCGCGGUGAUGCAAGCAGAGAGCUAAAAAUGGGCGAUAUCUGCUGCGCUGCACAUGGAUUAUCCAUUCUGGUGACGGCAACAAAAGGAGACAAGAAGCAUUCUGUUCUCUUUGAUGUCGGCCCCGAAGAAGACGUAUGGGAACGCAACGUGAAGCGAUUACGUCUGGAUCUUGCUUCCGUGGAAGUUAUCCAGCUUUCACAUUGGCACCGGGAUCACUCAGGCGGUCUUCUUCGAGCCAUCCGUAUGAUAAAGGAUGCCAAAAGGGCUCAAGGACUUCCAGACGAUCUUGUGGUAGACUUGCAUCCCGAUCGGCCCGCUUAUCGGGGUAUGGCUGCUGCCGAAACGAUUGUCUCUCUCGAAGCGGAUCCCACCUUUGCAGAAAUCACCGGCGCAGGCGCCGUGGUAAACAAGAGCAGCAUAUCCCACGCUAUCCUCGACGACAUGUUUCUCGUCUCAGGCGAGAUUCCACGGGUAACGCCGUACGAAACUGGUUUGAGAGGCGCCGUGCGCUUUGAUCCCGAAACGAAGGAGUGGACAUCCGACGAGCAGAUCGCCGACGAGCGCUUUCUCGCCGUCAAUCUCAAAGGGAAUGGCCUCGUCGUAUUCACAGGCUGCAGCCAUGGCGGUGUGAUCAAUGCCUCAAAGCAUGCACUCGAGCUUGUGCCCAGAAACACCUUGUUGCACGCCGUCGUGGGCGGCUUCCAUCUCGCCACAAGUGACGAGCUACAAGUCCAGAAGACAGUCGCAGACCUCAAGCGCCUAGAUCCCGCUGUAUUGAUGCCGGGCCACUGCUCUGGCUGGCGAUCCAAAUUUGCCAUUGAGAAGGCCAUGCCAGGGACUCUUGUGCCAUGCACAGUUGGUGUCAGUAUCACCUUCUAG